AUGGCGCCAAAGAUCAUAAUUCUUGCUGGGGCACCCGAGAGUCAUUCUCUGGACUGGGAGGAGUCAGGCCUCUUGAAGCACUUCACAGAACCUAUUGCGCAUUUCACCCGGUCGGAACAUCCAUUGCGCCAACCAGUCCUGGAGAGCAACUCAAGCCCGACACCAGACCUACCUGUGUGGAGGUCAAUCCCACUUCACCGACAACGACUGCCGACAGGCUUCUCUCAGAUUCUCGAGUUGGGAAGCGAUUACCACGGCUACAAGGGCUUAUUUACCACCUUAACCCAGUCUCUUGAUAACACAUCGAUCUUGACGGGAGACGACCAGAGCCAAAAGCUUCUAAACGAGUUUUACGAUCGCUCGUUAGCUUUACAUGAGGAGCUUCCUUCAUCGCAGUUACCAGGCUCUAGCUUCGGUACCGAUAUAUCUUCUAUCGAUGAAACCCGAGAAGGAAGCACCGACUUCUCUACCCAGGGCAGUGGUUCCUCUGGUGAACAGUCCCAUGUGCGCGCCAUUGAAUCCGGUCACCUCAGUGACCUGGAAGACCUACCUAAAGCCUCAUACUUGCAGAGCAUCUCGCCACAGACCAUCACUGUCAAUCUAAUCGUCGGCAUAAUCUCAGUUGCAGAACCGCGAACUGUAAAGACGAGAUGGGGCUCGACCAAAUCUCUGGUCGAGCUCCUCGUGGCCGACGACACUAAAUCUGGCUUCGCUAUUACCUUUUGGUUAUCAUCAGAUCUUACCGAAUCGGACCGAGUGCUCAAGGAUCUCCGGCGGCAGGACAUUGUGCUCCUUCGAAACGUGGCCUUGAACGUAUUCAUGAAGAAGGUCUACGGACAUAGUCUCAGGAAGGGCCUCACAAAGGUCGAUCUGCUUCACCGUCGGAGACUGGACACAAAGGACCAGCCUGGCCUGUACAGCAUGAAAGAUGUGGUAUCGAAAAGACCCACACACCCACAGCUGGCGAAGACGAGGAAAGUCCGUGAAUGGGUCCUGCAUUUCGUUGGUGGUGGCGCCACAAGCCUUCGCAAGAGGAAACAUAAUGGGAAGCCUGUCAGAACUUGGGACAUGCCCCCGGAAGAUACGCAAUGA